UAUUUUUUGUUUUUAUUUGUCGUUAACAUUGCUUUUUUCAAAUAUAACUCGUAUUAAUUUAAUUGUCGUUAGAAUUUAAAAAAAAACCAAAGUUCCGCUCGAAAGAUACUGUGUUUUAAUUGAUGAAGGAAAUAAAAAAUAUUAUUCGUAAUGUUUAUUCUAGAUAAACGACUAGAAGACCAUGUAUGCUGGUGUAUGCGCUGCUGCACCGGAUCGAUUUAGAAUGCGCAAAUCGUAGAGAACCUAAUUUUCAAAUAAUCGGAAGUAUGUGAAUGAUGUUUGUAAAAAAAAUUUGAAAUGAUAAGAGUGUGCAGUUUGCGGAUUCUUUUAACAUCCCAAUAUUAAGAAUAAAGCUCGAUUAAGUAAACGGAUUAUUAGAAGGAAGAAUGCACGUUUCGUUUUGGUUUAAUGAACAUGCCGUCGGGGAGAUAUUAGGAUUUCUCUGACAGAGCUUUAGUAUGAUUGAAAAUGUGACAGAGUUUAAUAAUAUCAAUCCUUAGGCGAUAUUUCAACUAAUACGAAAGAAUUAGUAGCAAUGAAUCGUGAAAUUUAUCACCGAUCAAUUCUGUACAACGCUUAUACUUGAAGAAUUAAUAAUCAAAGGAGAUUCAUUAGGAAGAUCCUGAGGAACAUGUUCUUCUUAUAUACAGGGUGACUCACUUAUACAUGCCUAUCGACAGAAAUAAUGUAACCAAUGCUGGGAACAACCAACUAAUAUUAUCUAAUACAGUUGCAAGUGGUACAAACAGAAGUAUUUUAGAUUUAUCAGAAUUCAGUGAUGCUGAACUGGCUGGUUAUAGAUUACGUUGCGGAGUUUGGAUUACAUUUGUAUUGGCGACAGGAUUUGUUAUAGCAGCAAAAUUUUCUUUUGGCCAUGAGGGUCCAGGUUUGGAAAUAUUUGUAUUUUGUGGUCUAUUGACGCUUCUGCUACUUGCAUGUCUGUAUUCCAUUCUUUGUCGUCGUACUCACGAGAAUAGUCGUCAAGAAAAUCAUAUUCAGGAGAAUCAGAUUGCAUCUUUAAAUAAUGCGAGUUUAUCUACUACCGAAAAUUUAAGACCUAUACCAGUUAUCAGACAACAUCCACCACCGCCAUACCAUAUAGCUAUUUUAAUUCCACCGCCUGAUUCUUCAGACGAAGCUGCUCCACCUUCAUACGACAAAGUUAUUCGAUGAAAAUAUUAAUAUUGAAUCAAUAAGGAUAUAUGUUAUGAAUCUUACUUAAUUUUUAACAUCUUUGCAAUAGUUUCAUGUCAUAAAAAACAAAAAACAAAGUAUGAUAAUAUAUAAUUUGAAUCCAAAUAUGUACUUUCUCUGCUAUAAAACAUAUUCAUAUGAAGUUCUUACAGAUAAUAAACUAUCUUAUCUCUCUCCACAUUAAUAAAGAAUAAAUAAUAUCAAUAAUUGAAUAAAUUUCACAUCUGUGAUACAAAUUCAGUGAUGCAAUGAAAAUACCAAACUUGAUUGAUAUCUGAUGAUACAAAAAAAAUACAUUAAAAUUUUAGUGGAGAUAUUUCAAUAAAAACUUAGAUAAGAUAUAAAGAAUAUUCGCGAUAGUUUGCAUUUAAUGUGAAAACAAAAUAAAUAUGUAUUUUAAUUUUUUAUAUUUCAAUAUACAAUGAUCUGUAAUAUUUAUAUAUAUCUUAUAUCAUAUAUGUAUAUAUAUAUAUAUAUAUGUAUUAACAUAUAUAUAUAUAUACAUAAACAUAUACAUAUACAACUUACAUCUAGUCUCUAAAAACAACGUAAAAUAAUAAAUCUUAAUUACAGAAAUUGUCUCUCAUUUGAAUAAUUGCACAAAUUGUUCUACUUUGAAAAAUGGUUAACAAAACAUGUAAAAUUCUGGAAUAUUAGAUUUAGUUAUUCCAAUAAAAAUGAAUAUUAUAAGAUUUUUUGACAAAUAGUAUAAAAGUUUGAUUUAUGGACAAAUAUUAAAUGUAAGACCAAAUAAAGUCUAUUCAUUCAUUGUA